AUGCGGACAACCACAUCAGUACUCGCUGCUUUUGCCGCAGCAGCCAUCCACAUCCUACCCACCUCCGCGCAAACUUACACCACCUGCAAUCCUACCGCCGGUCAGUGUCCUGCAGACUCAGCACUCGGCCGCAGUGUAAACAUCGACUUCUCGAGCGCCUCCGACAGCUUCGCACCGUCAGGCACCGUCACAUACGACUCGAAUGGCGCCUCCUUCACCGUUGCAAAGUCGGGCGACUCUCCACAACUGACAUCGAAAUGGUACAUCAUGUUUGGAAAGGUCGACGUCACUCUGAAAGCCGCUCCGGGGGCUGGUAUCGUUAGCAGUUUCGUCAUGCAAUCGGACGACCUCGACGAAAUCGACUGGGAAUGGCUAGGAGCCGACUCCACGCAGGUUCAAACCAACUACUUCGGCAAGGGGCAAACAACGACCUACAAUCGCGGCGCCUUCCAUCCGAAUACGGGUAAUCAGGCUGGGUUCAUCAAGUACUCAAUUGAAUGGACCUCCACCCAGAUCGUCUGGUCAAUCGAUGACACGCCUGUGCGGACUUUGACUCCAGAUAUUGCUACCGGCUCAGGCAACCUGUACCCUCAAACGCCCAUGCAAAUCAAGGUCGGCGCAUGGAGUGGUGGCGAUCCUUCGAACGCCCCGGGAACCAUUGAGUGGGCUCGCGGACCAACCGACUACUCCCAGGGGCCAUUCACGAUGCAAGUCAAGUCUCUCUCCGUCAGCGACUACUCCACCGGUACUCAGUACAAGUACGGUGACACCAGCGGCACUUGGCAAUCCAUCGUCUCUGUCGGCGGAAAGAUCAACAACGGUGGCGGAUCUCCUAUUGAGUCUGCUGCACCAGCUGUCACGUCUUCCUCGAGCGGCCAGCCAAUCCCAUUCAUUCCCAAAUCAUCAUCCGAAUUCACUACGCCCUCUGUCUACCCAUGGGUGCCAGAGGCGACCACCAUGUCGACUGCGACAGUGUCAUACACUACCCUUCCUGGACUCCCGAGCGGGUGGACUGUCUCGAGUUCAGGCAAAGUCGUCCCCCCUAGCUCGGCACCUUCGACGUCCCUACGCGCUUCAUCUAUGCUGUCUUCUGUUGUCUCGCAGCAGGCUUUGCCCUCGGCGGGCGCCUCUGAGGUAAUUACAGCCUAUGAUCAGCAAGGCUUCACCACCCUUCUGACAGUGCCGGCUGGGUACACUGUUCCACCCAAGUCAUACGACUGGCGUGGUUUCUUGAUCACGCCGUCGGCUCCUGGUGCUACUCCUUCUCAUACUAACGUCUUGGAGAACAAUGCGGUGAUUUCUUCCUCUCCUACCGCUGCUCUCGAGAGCAGUCCUUCCGCGACCGUUUCUGCAUCCCCUUCUGCAAGCCAUACGGGCGAUACCUCCCAUGUUCUUCUGAACUGGAGCCUCUUUGCGAUUUUAGCGGUCGUCAGCUGUACCCUCCUACUAUAAGGCUUUGGGUCAGCUUCAGCAUUUUGGAUUCGGUUUUUGCAUUAGCGAACGGAGUAAUUGGGUUUAUUUUUUGGACAGAAAGGCCUCAGUGCGAGCUUUCUUGAUCCUAUUGCUAUGAUCUGUAUAUAUUACGCUCGAACGAAUAAUAAGACAUGAGUCUGUACAUUUUUACCUCU